AUGGCUCAGUUGAUGAAAACCGUUGAACUCCCUACUGCCUCAGUGUAUGAUAUAGGCAAAGACGACUGGGAGAUAACGGGAAGCCCUUUGACAACAAGCUUGAUGGACAAGAUCUGCAAGCUUUUUGACUUUAAGCAGCGAAACUCAUCAGCUUACUAUGCAGCUGCAAAUGGGCUUGCUGAAGCUUUUAACAAAACCCUAUGCAAUUUGUUGAAGAAAGUGGUCUCAAAAUCGAAAAGGACUGAAGCGGUCUUGCCUCUAGAGCGCCAAAUACCUUCCUUGAGGUUGGCCAUACAGGAGGGUCUUACUGAUGAAGAAAAUGCUAAACUACGCUUGGCCGAGCUAGAAGCCUUGGAUGAAAACGGCUGCAAGCGCAACAAAGCUUGGAGUGCUAUCAAGCUCGUAUGUCUAGAGCUUUUAACAAAAGGGUAA